AUGCCAACGCCACCAAAUAACUCCCCGACAGCCUCAAAGGAUUCCAGCUUUUCCUCUCAGAAAGGCUUCAGUUUGCCAGUGUCUGUCACCAAGCCAAUCGUCUACGUUCCAAAAGGGAAAGAGGAGGCAAUACUAAGCACCCCGAUUUCCGGAGCCAAGGUCAUUGCCCACAAUGUACUCGAAGGCGGCGCCAACCAUUGGUGCUUCUACCUAACAGUUGCGCCCGACGUUGGCCAGCACGGCGACAUGGAGACCCUCAUUCAGGUCGACUGCGCCCCGAGCGGUCUUGCCGGGGCUAUGCUACGCAAUGGCAGCCAGGCGACGAUUGUCGUCAGCCAUGUGGAGCGCGAGAUGCCCAACGACGCCCAGCAUGCCGCGACUAUGGCUGUGUCAACAGGAUGUAGAGUUGGCAGCUUUAUCCGCGCUAUUGAGGAGAAUGGGAGGGACAAGUACGACUUUGAUGAGAAUGGGCGCGGGUGUCGGCAGUGGACAAGCGAUCAAAAUGAUUUGUUUCUCCAACUCGGGCUCCUCAGCAGCGCGGAGCAGGCAGAACAGGCCAAAUCGGAUAUCUUGCUCGAGUGGGAAGGGUUUGAACCAACAGGCCGUCGCUUUCCCCUGGACUGCGGCGUGUACUAUGAGUAA